AUGGCAAAAGAAUCCCACAGCAUGGUCCUGGCCCUUGAACAAGGCGAGAGCAAUCACCUCGAGAAGAUCGCUCCCCAAAUCGAUGCGGCAAAAGAGGGCACCAAUGUCGAGACCAGCAUCACCCUCCGCCAGGCCUUCUCUUACUACAAGAAGGCCGUAGCGUGGUGCUUCUGUAUCUCCCUGCUGACUAUUAUGGAGGCAUACGACAUGAUGAUCGUUAAUAGUGCAUACGGCCUCCCCCAGUUCCAGCGAAGCUUUGGUGAGCAACUCCCUAACGGCAACUACUCCGUUCCAGCACGGUGGCAGUUAGGUAUCUCUCUGGCGACGGUUGUUGGUCUCAUUAUCGGCACGUUCUCCAAUGGCUACUUUGCGGAUCGCUUCGGGCCUCGAAGAGUCAUUAUGGUCUCUCUGUUCUUCCUCAACGGAACUAUAUUCAUUUCGUUCUUCGCCAAAUCUCCUGGCAUGCUGCUAGCUGGCGAGUUUCUCUGUUCUAUCCCAUGGGGUUUCUUCGCUGGUGGGGUCCCUGCCUAUGCGGCAGAGGUAUGCCCGCUCAAACUCCGCGGCUACCUAACAACCUACGUGAACCUCUGCUGGGUCAUGGGCAACUUGCUUGGAACAGGCGUGAUGCGGGCGUUCCUUCCGAUUCCAAACGAAUGGGCCUGGAGGAUCCCUUUCGGUAUCCAGUGGCUCUGGCCUCUCCCAUUGUUCAUCGCCACAUACUAUGCGCCUGAGUCUCCCUGGUGGUUAGUGAAGCAGAACAGACCUCAAGAGGCAGAAAAGACUCUCGACCGUAUCGUUACAGCACCACCUGGGGCUAUCAACAACCACAAUACGGUUGCCAUGAUGCAACACACAAUCGAGCUUGAGCGCAGUCUCAACAUCGGCACCUCGUAUAUUCAAUGCUUCAAGGGAACUAACCUGCGCCGCACCGAGAUUGCAAUGAUCGCCUGGGGAUGCCAAAUUCUUCCCGGGUUCUCGAUCCAAAGCUACAUUACCUACUUCUUCACUCUUGCGGGCGUGCCAGCGGGCGACGCCUUCAAGCUCGCGCUCGGCAACUUCUCACUUGCCUUCAUUGGCACCGUGUCCUCCUGGUUCACGCAGACCUAUUUUGGCCGACGUACCAUCUACAUGACAGGCCUCUGCUUCAUGGUGCCAAUCAUGUGGACCGUUGGUUUUCUGGAGCUCGGCUCCAACGACACAACGCGUUGGGUGCAGGCAGGCCUACUAAUGUUCUGGUUCCUAUGCUACGGCACAACUAUCGGCCCCAUUCCCUACAUUAUUGCCGCAGAGGUCGGCGCCAGCCAGCUGCGUGUCAAGACCAUCUGUCUAGGCAGAAAUACUUACUACUUCCUUAACUUUAUCAACGUUAUCGCGGCACCUUACAUGCUCAACCCGUCCGAAGGCAAUCUCAAGGGUAAAGCCGCUUUUCCAGCCGCUGUGAGCACUAUCUGCCUGCUUGCCUGGGCAUACUUUCGGCUUCCAGAGAUGAAGCAACGCACCCCGGAAGAGUUAGACACGCUUUUUGAUCGCAAAGUGUCGGCGAGGAACUUCAAGAAGGAGGGUGAGAUACUUGCGAGGGAACGUGCUGUGGGCAACUAG